UAAAGGACAGGAACUUGCACCAGGGAAAUCGGAGGAACUUAUAUGUGACACAGAUCCUUUUUUAAGGGGUCCUGUCUAAAUAUUUACCAGUAUAGUGGCACUGACACAUGGAGACUCACUUCCCUCUCCCUGUCAUAAAGAUUCUGCUGAGCACUUUAAAAAGUGUAAAAAGAGAGAGAGGGUGUAAGAGAAAGAGAAGGAACAGCAAGUAUGAAGAGUAGAAAGACAGAACUUUGAGUGAGGACAGAGGAAAGACAAAAGAAUAUAUAGAAAAACAAGAAAAAGAAGAAUGACAAAUACAAGGAAAACUGAGCUAAGGGGCUGAGAGGAAAGACAGACAAGGUUGACCCUCAGCUGGUGCAGUAAAAGACAACUUGCUGGAAGCAGCUACCUUGUGACUUGGGUUUGUAGCUGCUGUAUCCCAGACAAGCACAGCUUUCCCAGUUUCUGGAUACAGUUUGCUCACCACUUGCACAAAACACUAAUGUCCCAGAGCAGCAGACUGCAGGGACAGACUUGAGGACUUCUGUGCCGGGAGAUCUGCCACAAACUUCCAAUGAAACCAUGAGGGAGAAUGAAAAGUAUCAUUCUGCUGCUGCAGAGAAGGGCAUUCACAUUAUUAACAUCAAGGCUAUUGAAGACAUUGGCUAUGCCCAGCCUGAAACUCUGUUGCUGAACUCUCUGGGUGGAGAUCAGGAUGCUGCUUGUAAACGGGGUUUGUGUUUUAGAGACGGCCAGAGGAAGGUGGAUUAUAUGCUCGCAUACACCUAUAAGAAAUCCACAGGCAGCAGAACGCCAAGUAAACGAACCUUCCAUAACAACUCAGUGCAUGGCUCCCGCAGUGCUAAGGAGGACCACCAGUUACCAGGUGGAACAGCUGACUUGGAAUCUGCAGAAACUGAGCCAAAAAUGGAUUAUCACGAAGAUGACAAGAGGUUCCGCAGGGAGGAAUACGAAGAAAACUUAAUGGAGACAGGGCUAGAACUGGAGAGGGACGAAGAGACUAAGCUGCACGGCGUUGGUUUUGUUAAGAUCCACGCCCCAUGGAAUGUCUUAUGCAGAGAAGCUGAGUUUAUGAAACUCAAGAUGCCCACAAAGAAGGUCUAUCACAUAAAUCCAGCUCAGGGUCUGAUGCACAAACUCAACUCUGUCAUACAGAAAAUUAGUGAACCAAUACAGCCUAAAGUGGCCGAUCACCAACCUCCGGCAGUCAAACACCUCUCAUACCCUUUCUCUAGAGAAAAGCAGCACCUGUUUGAUAUGUCUGACAAAGAAUCCUUUUUUGACAGCAAAACGCGAAGUUCAAUUGUAUAUGAGAUUCUAAAAAGAACAACUUGCACCAAGGCCAAAUACAGCAUGGGAAUAACCAGUUUACUUGCUAAUGGAGUGUACAGUGCAGCUUACCCCUUGCAUGAUGGUGACUAUGAAAAUGACGCUGAGCCAAAUGAUCGUAAGCUCCUCUCUGAUGAAUGGGCAAGUUAUGGGGUGUUCUACAAAUACCAACCUAUUGACCUGGUCAGGAAAUAUUUUGGGGAGAAGAUUGCGCUGUACUUUGCCUGGCUUGGAGUUUACACGCAAAUGCUCAUCCCAGCAUCUGUUGUGGGGAUUAUAGUAUUCUUGUAUGGAUGUGCAACAGUGGAUGAGAACAUACCAAGCAUGGAGAUGUGUGACCAGCGGUACAACAUAACUAUGUGUCCCCUUUGUGACAAGACCUGUAAUUACUGGAAGAUGAGUUCAGCAUGUGCCACUGCUCGAGCAAGCCAUCUUUUUGAUAACCCAGCGACAGUCUUCUUCUCUGUGUUCAUGGCUUUGUGGGCUGCCACUUUCAUGGAGCACUGGAAGAGGCGUCAGAUGCGUCUCAAUUACAGAUGGGAUCUGACUGGUUUUGAAGAAGAACAGGACCAUCCCAGGGCAGAGUAUGAGGCCAAAGUUUUGCGGAAAUCCUUGCGGAAAGAGCAGAAACGUAAAGAGAAGCUUCAACCUGUCCCUGAAGACAACACAAACAAGUGGAGGCAGACAGUUAAGACAGCCAUGGCUGGGGUCAAAUUGACUGAAAAAGAAAAGCUAACAUGGAGAGACAGAUUCCCAGCGUAUCUAACCAAUUUUAUUGGGAUUAUUUUUAUGGUCGGUCUGACCUUUGCCAUUGUGUUUGGAGUCAUUGUAUAUCGGAUAUCUACAGCUGCAGCUCUAGCAAUCAGUUCCAGCCCAUCUGCUCGCUCUAAUGUUAGGGUGACUGUGACAGCAACCGCAGUGAUCAUUAACUUAGUGGUGAUCUUGAUCCUUGAUGAGGUGUAUGGCUGCAUAGCCAGAUGGCUCACCCAGAUUGAGGUUCCAAAAACAGACAAGACAUUUGAAGAACGUUUAAUAUUCAAAGCCUUCCUGUUGAAGUUUGUCAACGCUUACACGCCCAUCUUUUAUGUGGCUUUUUUCAAGGGACGGUUUGUUGGACGUCCUGGAAAUUAUGUGUAUAUAUUUCAUUCAUUCCGAAUGGAGGAGUGUGCCCCUGGUGGCUGUUUGAUGGAACUGUGUAUCCAGCUGAGCAUUAUCAUGUUGGGAAAGCAGCUUAUCCAGAACAACCUUUUUGAGAUUGGCAUACCGAAGAUGAAGAAGCUUAUACGAUACAUAAAGUCCAGAAGAGAAAGCUAUAUGGACCAUGAGGAACACCUGAAAAAGAAGCAGCGCUAUGAGAUGGAUUAUAAUCUGGAACCAUUUGCUGGGCUGACCCCAGAAUACAUGGAAAUGAUCAUCCAGUUUGGCUUUGUCACUUUAUUUGUGGCCUCCUUUCCACUGGCUCCACUUUUUGCGUUACUAAACAACAUAAUAGAAAUUCGCCUGGAUGCCAAAAAAUUUAUUACUGAGCUUAGGAGACCUGUAGCUGUGAGGGCAAAAGACAUUGGUAUCUGGUAUAAUAUCCUCCGUGGAAUUGGAAAACUGGCAGUAAUAAUAAAUGCGUUUGUGAUUUCAUUCACCUCAGACUUCAUUCCACGGCUUGUGUACUUAUAUAUGUACAGCCCGGAUGGCACCAUGCACGGCUUUGUCAACCACACUCUCUCUUACUUCAACAUCAGCGACUUCAAACCGGCGACUGAUCCCAGCGCAGAGGAGGAACUCGGCUACAAAGUAGUUAUGUGCAGGUAUAAAGAUUAUAGAGAACCACCAUGGUCUGAAAACAAAUAUGACAUUUCAAAAGAUUUCUGGGCUGUACUUGCAGCAAGACUGGCAUUUGUAAUAGUUUUUCAGAAUUUGGUCAUGUUCAUGAGCGAUUUUGUGGACUGGAUAAUUCCAGACAUUCCAAAAGACAUCAGUGAGCAGAUCCAUAGAGAAAAGGUUCUGAUGGUCGAGGUGUUUUUGAAGGAAGAGCAAGGCAAACUACAAAUGCUGGAAACCUGGAAAGAACAUGAGAGGAAGAAAAGUGAAAACUUUAACAACCAAAGUCCUAAACGCACCCGCAGCCAGCGAGGAAGUGCAGCUUCCGCUUAUGUAUACCACAUGGAUGUCUAGAAUAAACUAAACUUGGGAAUUCAUUCUACUGAAACUCCUUCAAAAACCAGACAUCCCUUGAUGUCACCAUUCAAGCCAGUGGGAUUUAAACCAGUGAAAAUCCAAGGACCACAUGUUGUCGUGUCCUGCCCUGGGACCCUGACAUGAUGGUUUAUAGCCAUAGACUUGAUCUCCACUCUUGCUCUUCUCAUCGUUCCUUCCUCUCUGUGCCUUUUGCUGGCAAACUUUAAAACUAUUAAGGCUUUAACUGAUUUAACUCUUAACUGCUAGAGUAAUGCAGUUCAGGAAUAAACUGCUGAGAUUUUAGGAUUUAAUGGAAACAGACCUUGACAUUUUCUCCAUUCACUCCCUCAGUGCUGAUUUUCGUGGAGCAAUCACUUCAUUAGAUUUGUCACUCCAGAAGAUAUUCCCCUAAUGUCCAGAGGCCCCAAUGAGAUUCUUCUUUUUUUUGUGGAGGGUUUAAUAAGUUUGGUACUCUUGCCCUAGUGCAGGAAUCUUCCACUUUGUACUCAGGCACUGAAGAGUUUAUACAUGGAGAGAUCAUUUUUUUAGUACUUAUCUAUGCAAUGUAAAGAUGCCCUUUCUUUAUGUGGAACUUUUAUAUCUAUUUAUUGAUUUAAAGUCUAUUAUGAAAUAACUGUCUCUGCCUUUCAGCACUUUUAUACAAGGAAAAUUAACUAUUUAAUUGUGUGACAAAGGUGGACACCCUGAGCUAGGCAUCUAGUGGGCUUCCUAUGCAAGAGCCAUGUUGGUUACCCAGCUCCCCGCUAAUUUCCACCUCUGAGGUUUAUUUCUGUGAAUAUUUAGUCUGUAUGAAUAAUAUUUCAUUACUUUUCUGUUCUAUGGCAAUGGUUUCAUAGUGUGAUAAAAGUCCAUUUUAAGCAGCUGUCCUUUUAUGUUGCACUCUGAGCUGGUACAAGUCUUUUUGGAAGAUGGCUGUAGUACGUAUCUUUUAUAUUGACUAUUGUCAUAAAGAAAGAGGACAGAUAUAAUUUAAUUUAGUUAAGAUGUUCUUAUCAAACUUGUGAAGGAUACUGUGGUUUUGUCUAUAUUUUUUAUGGUGUCAUAUACGCUGGGGCUUGUUUCUGGGUUGUGUUUUCAUCAGAUCUUCCUAGAUUCUUAGCUAAUAUCUACACUCCCAAGACUUUGAUUCUGAGGCCUUGAUCCAAGAUAUUUUUUAGAGGAACAUUAACAAUGCAUUGUAAUGUGUCUUUCCUCUUACAGGAAUCCAUGAAUGUUUACUUCCAUACUAUAAUACUUUUUUAUAUUUUUAAAGAAACUGUUGAAAAAGUGGGACAGUAACAAUAACUACAAGUGCGAGUAUUCUAAAUAUCCCUUUUAUCUUCUGCAGUUUUUACUAUUUUCAGUGCAUGUAUAUCUGAUGUAAGCUGAUGGAAUUAUUGUGACCUCCAGGUUAUUAUACAAACACAAAGAUGUCUAUCCUACUGUUUGUGGUACCAAAUACACAAGGGCAGGAAUUUAGUUUUUAAAUCAAUAAAUACAGUACAAGUGUUAAUAUGACUCUUGAAGAGUCCUAGAACCCAUAUUUCCAAACCACAUACAUUGUCAUGUGGUUUAUCAAGACCCAAAUGAGAUGAGUCAUUAGCUAUCGACACCGACAAAUGUCAGAUGGCAAUACUUUUAUAUAAAAUGUAGCUAAUCUGCUAUACAAAAUAUUUGUUACCUAACCAUUCAGUUACUACACAGGCAUAUAGUACACUGAACAAAUAUUCUCCAUAGCUGUAGGAUGUUUCAGAAAUAACUGGACUCAGGGAUGCAGAUUAAAGACCUUUGGUCAACCAGUUUUUUUUAUUUUUUAUUAUUAAACAUCUAUAAUCUGACCCCAGCUUUUUAAUGACAUUCCCGGAAAUCCACAGAAUCACAACCCUUGUGCGGUGUAUGUCAUAGAUACAUAAAUGUAAAUUAAAAACUAUGUAAAUAAAUAUGUGGUACAAUUUAGGACAAUAAUCCAUUUCAUGGAUUUUUUUUUUUUAAGAGAAAAGGUUAAUGUGUAUAAAUCUGAUCUAGUGGAAAAUUCUCUUCAUAAUAAAUCUAAUAUGCAAUUAUUAUACAAA